CUUGACAGAUUUCACAGCUCCAGAGGCAGGGAAACACACCCGUCAGCAGCGCGCAUUGGAGACAAAAAAGCGCAUCACGGACAAAGGAAAUAUGGGUGCGCUGGAGAGGAUUCACCUCAGCCGGGUAACACAAUGGAUGAGCCGCUUCUCUUUCAUUUACCGGGAGACCAAUUAGCCCACCUUAAUGAGGUGCUGGGAUGCAAGAUACUGCAAGCUAAAAAGGCGGAAGGCUGCGUUUAAUCCGUCUGCGGAUCCUAUGAGCUUGCAAUGGCUGUGGCGGGGAUAUGCAACUGGAUAGGGAAUAAUGUGCCUUUUUAUUUUGUGAUAUUUUCCUUAUUUUGUGGCCUUUCGUUUGGACAGUUGAGAUAUUCUAUUACAGAAGAACUAGAAAAUGGGGCACUGGUCGGUGAUCUGGCGCAUGACUUGGGGCUGGAUAUUCGAAAGCUCGCCACCCGAAAAAUUAAGGUAACCUCCAACAGCGGUAAACGCUAUGUGAUUGUCAACCCCAAAAACGGGAAAUUACUCGUCAAUGAAAGGAUCGACAGAGAGGCACUGUGUGAUUUGUCCAACACUUGCGUCAUUAACCUGGAGGUGAUGGUCGAAAACCCCACUGAGGUGCACCCUGUCGAGGUGGAGAUUGUGGAUGCCAAUGAUAAUGCGCCGCAGUUCCCCAGAGACGAGUACCAACUGGAAAUCAUAGAGUCUGCUUUACCAGGAUCUCGUUACCCGAUUGAAAACGCGCAAGAUCCAGACAUUGGGUCCAAUUCAGUUCGUAUGUAUCAACUUAGCACAAACGACCAUUUCGCGCUGGUAUCUAACAAACCCUCCCUCAAUACGAAGCACAUCGAGCUUGUGCUCAAAAAGCCCCUUGAUCGCGAACAGACGCCUUACCACCAAUUAAUUCUAAGUGCUGUGGAUGGUGGCACGCCAGAGAAAACCGGCACGGCUAAAAUCAAUGUCCGGGUCCUGGACUCUAAUGACAAUAUGCCCACGUUUGACAGCUCCGUGUACAAGGUGAAACUGUUGGAAAAUUCUCCCAAAGACACACUGGUAAUUAAAUUGAAUGCAACUGAUCUAGAUGAGGGCACAAAUGGAGAGGUUUACUACUCUUUCAGCAGCUACACUCCAGAGAGAGUGAGGCAGAUGUUCAGCAUGGACACUAACACAGGAGAAAUAAGAGUUAGGAGCAAUGUUGACUAUGAAGAGACCAACUCCUAUGAGAUGUACAUCCAGGCGAUGGACAAGGGCCCUGGGGCCGUGGCAUCACACUGUAAGGUAGUGGCAGAGGUGGUGGAUGUGAAUGACAAUGUCCCUCAGAUAGUGUUGUCAUCCCUGUCGAGCCCUGUGAGGGAGGAUGCCCGUGCAGACACAGUCGUGGCCCUCAUUAGCGUUACUGAUAGAGACUCUGGCGCUAACAAGCAGGUGAGCUUAGAGAUCCCAGCAGGCCUUCCUUUCAAGAUCAAGUCAUUCAGAAAUUACUACACUCUGGUUACCUCAGCCUUCCUGGACCGCGAGACCACCGAUGCCUACAAUGUCACUCUGAGUGCCACAGAUGGAGGGAACCCUCCCCUUUCCUCCCAGAAGACCAUACAGGUGGAUGUGGCUGAUGUUAAUGACAACCCACCGCGAUUUGAGCAGACUUCAUAUACCGUCUAUGUGGCUGAGAACAAUGCCCCUGGAGCCUCUUUGUGCACCGUGAAAGCUCAAGAUGCAGACAUCAAAGAAAAUGCACGCAUCACCUACACAGUGCUCAAUGACAACAACCAUGGCAUCCCUGUCACCUCGUAUGUGUCUGUGAAGGCCGAUACUGGGGAGGCUUAUGCCCUGCGAGCCUUUGACUAUGAGUCACUGAGAGAGUUUCACUUCCAGGUCAAAGCCCAGGAUGGGGGCAUUCCUCCGCUCAGCCGCGUUGCCACAGUCUACAUCUACAUAAUGGAUCAGAAUGACCAUUCACCAUUGAUAGUCAACCCUCCCGGCAACGGCACACGCUCUUUGGAGACUGUACAAAAGAACGCAGAGCCUGGUGUCUUGGUGACUAAAGUGGUGGCAUAUGAUGCAGACGCUGGUCCAAAUGCCUGGCUGGUCUACGUACUGGAGACGGCCACUGACCUGGACUUGUUCAAGGUGCACGAACACACCGGUGAGAUCAGAACCACUCGGAGGAUCCUGGAGGACAACUUCACCUCCUUUGCUCUAACCGUUGUAGUGAAAGACCAUGGGCAGCCUACUCUCUCCUCCACCGCCACCAUCAACGUGGCAGUCAUGGAGGUCCCACCCAAAGUGGCUCCCGAUCCCAAGAGGAUCAUCCGACCUCACAGCACGCUGCUCUUCUCCAACGUGACCCUCUACCUGAUUGUGGCUUUGAGUGCCACCACCUUUGUUUUCCUGGUCACUGUGGUGGUGCUGGCAAUAGUCCGCUGUCAUGCCUACUGCACCCAGCCUGGAUCCUGCUCUCCUUGCUGUGUGUCACAGAAGCCCCCUCCAGAUGGUGGGAGCAGCAGCGUAAGUGCUGGUGGGGGAGGCGGCGGUGGUGGAGCCGGGGCACAGCCUAAUAACAAUGUGGUGCUUCGGAGAGACCUUAAAGUGGAGCCUCACUACAUCGAAGUGCGUGGGAAUGGCUCCCUAACAAAGACUUACUGCUACAAGACCUGCCUGACAGCCACCUCUGGCAGUGACACUUUCAUGUUCUACAACACAGGACGUCCCAUCAGUGGCACCUGGGGCAGCGGUGCCGACCGCUUCUUCACCAGUGGAAGUGGAUUUGUACGCAGACUGAGUAUGCCUGAUGCCUCGAUGCAACUCUGCCCAGAGCCAAAAGCCCCGAAUGCUGACUGGCGAUAUUCUGCAUCUUUGAGGGCAGGGAUGCAGAGCUCUGUCCACAUGGAGGAGUCCUCUGUGAUGCAGGGAGCACAGGGGAUGCUGGUUCAGAACUGGCCCACUGUGUCCAGCGCUGCAGAUGGAGAGGGUGGCGGAGAGCUAUCACCCCCAGUGGGCGCGGGAGUCGACAGCAACAGCUGGCACUUCAGGUAUGGCGCCGGACAAAGCUACGGCCCUCCUCAGGCCCUGAAGCCUGGAGAGAUUCCCCCUGAAGCCUUUAUCAUCCCCGGAUCCCCAGCCAUCAUUUCUAUUCGCCAUGACGCUGGCCCUGUGGAUGACAAAGGUGACUUCAUAAGCUUUGGCAAGAAGGAGGAGGCCAAGAAGAAGAAAAAGAAGAAGAAGGACAAGAAGGACAAGAAGGAGAAAGGAAAGGAUGACGGGGGAGAUGAUUAAAGGAGAAGGGGUGACUUGAAAACAGAGCUACCAACAAUCUACCAUUCCCAUAACAGAGCCAGAAAAAAAGCCAAAUGCAUAUUGUAGAACCCAGGGAGCCUCUUUGCACCAUAUCUGCAUAGACGUUGUACAGUGGCCAAACCCUUAUUAGACCAGGCCUGGCUUCCUACACCAUGUGAACUUGCAAAACAAAUGCUUCUCUCUUUUUCUUGGCUCAUUUGGCCCAUAACAUUGGCCUAUAAACGUCCAAUGUUUAUGGUAAACAAAUGUUUACUGGCUGGACCAAAUUGAAACAGAAAGGGUUUUAUUGGAUUAGAUUAACCUUUCUGUCAUUUAGUGCGCCCCCUGCCCCCAGUUUGUAUAAUAAAAACAAAAACACCUGAGAAGGUGUACUAUUUGUAUCUGACCAUUGUCAGCUGAGGCUGCCUCUGUCAGCAUCUCGGUCUUUAUGCAGCCCCCCUUCCUUUUUGCCUCACUUAGUUGGAGGUGAAGUGGAAGCCAAACUAAAAAAAAUGAAACAGAGGCUUUUGUCUUCGGUAUUGUGGAGGCCUUGUAGAAAUUCAGAAAAUGUGGUCUUUUGUAAAAAAAACAAAAUGAAAAAGUAACAACAUACAGUAUAUGUACCAUGAGAUUAGCACCUUUAAGAGAAUGAGGUGGCUGAGACAAGCAGGACCACACUCUAAUAAAUAGCUCUGUUUCAGUGUAACAUAGCACAUUGCAGAGGCUGAGGACCUGGACUGGGUUGCAACAACUAUGCGCAAGUUCGUUCCCAGGUUAGAGUAUAAAGUAGUGGCUUCAUAACUGCUAGUUAAUUUGCAAUUAGCAAGUUAAAAAUUCGAUUGUACCAUGGGUAGAUAGGGUGGAAUACUACAGCUGUAGCUAGUUAUAAUAUUACGAUUUAAGAUGAGUAGCCAAUCAGUAUAUAGCAUUACCUUGCUGAUGGGUACAAACCACAUGGAUUUGUAGUUGACUAGAUUGGUAUAGAAAUUGCGAUUGGUUAUUAGAAUCCCCAAUUGACUAUUAAAGGACAAUACAAGUUUUUGCAUGUUUUAAACCAUUCUCUACCAAUCCACUUUACGUCACAGACCAUUGUAUUUGGUGAAUUUAAAAGAUAUUUUAUUUUUUCCAUAGUUUUUUACACAAAAAUAAAUUAGCUGAGACUGAACUUUUUUGCAUUACAAAAUCCAUUGAAGUUUAGUUUUAUUGUUGUUUAAGGUACAUUUUCAUCACAUGGUAAUGUAGAUGAAGUGCAGAUUCAUGCAAAAACUGCUCUGCAUAAUCACAGUGAUGUAAUAUGGCUAAAUUAAACAUGGACAUAAUCCAUUACGUAUGUCAAGCAAGUCUCAGCACGUUUAUUUUAAUAUUGUAUGGAAUGGGAUGGAAACCAGAGACUGCAUAAAAAAAAAAGACACAUUAAAAAAUAUAAAAACUCAAUUGGAAAGUCAGUUGUCAGUAGUGUGUAAUUUGUAGAAAAUGGGUGGAAACAUCCAAAAUCCUUGCUACAGUCCUUUAACUUGCAAAAAUGGAAGUGAUUAAGAAAAAAAUACGCUGCGAGCAAAAAAAACAAAAAAAAUCCUGCUUUACUGUUAGUGAGUGCAAUUGUGUGAUUUUGUAUCAUUUGCACCUGCUUUGUUGCUUGCUUAACUAUUUAGUUGUUACUUAAGGUUACGUUGUAACAGAUUUUUGUGGUGCUACCGCUUGUGUUUUAGCAAUGCGUGAAUCAGGAUUAGUGGCUACUUCGGAUAUAACUAGGGAACCUAUACGUGCAGCUGAUGCAACCGGCCCCUGACCUUGCCUCUUCUCUUGGAAUACGGCACAGGUCAAUGGGGUCUUAAUCCCACUGUGUAUCUGCACUUCCAGUCUGACACGCACAUUAAUCUACACAAACACUGACUCUCUCUGCCUUUUGCUCACACAUACAGACAUGCAAACACACACUCUCUCUCGCACUCUCUUACACGUAGACAUACAGUACAUACAAACACAAAUAUAUACUAAAAAAUUACACACCCCUUUCUGGAAUCUCCAAGACUGAAGGCCAGUGUCAUCCCUAAUAUGGGAGUGUAUUAUAUGGCUGGGACGCAGGAACGUUGCUUGUUGCUUCAUUUCUGUUCAAGCCUGAUCCCUCUACUUCUGUCUUUGAAUGUUAAGUAGUUGUUCUUCAGGCCCUGCCCCACCGCCUCGACUGCUUCAGUGCUUGUAGGAUUUGCUUGCCCGCUGCCUGUUUCCUCCCUCUGCUCCUGUUUCUUCAAAAUCAACAUGGUCGGAUGACAUCUUUCAAGUCACUCUCCUUCAACGAACUGUGCCGUUGUAACAGUAACAUUUGUGUAUUUGCAUAUUUACACACAGAAUACACACAUAGACACAUGCACAUAUACCACACACACACACACACACACACACACACACACACACACACACACACACACACACACACACACACACACACACACACACACACACACACACACACACACACACACACACACACACACACACGCAUCUUUUGUUAGGUUCAACUUCAACUGAGCUUAGACGCUUCAGCUAGUGUGUCUCCUCUGAUUGCUCACUGUGGACAGCUCUCGUGCAUCUCUCACAUUGGUUUUACGCACUGAAUCGUAAGGACGUCUGACAGGUUAGCAAAAACUGAGAUGUGAUGAGAUGAGAUGGAGAGGCAAAAGAGGAGUUGGAAAUAUAGCAGUCAUUGUAGUGUAUUGUGUAGAUAAGUAAACUACUGCAGAGUUAAUUUGGCGGAAGUAUUGUAGUUAUUCCUGUGUGUCAGCCAUUAGUGACAGUUGAUCAACUGGGAUAGGCAAAAACCACUUACAAAAUAAGUGGAGUGCAGUUCAGCAGCAGUGGAAAGAGGUUGGUGGUUGACUUAAAAGGGGGGGGAAUUCCACUUAGGGAUUAAUGGAGGUGAAGCACACUGUUGACAUUGUUUAUUGUGCACCAGUGAAAAGAAACAACAUGAUAUGGUAGAAGAAAGGAAGACGAUACCAGCAAGCAAAGAUCAACAAUCACAGCUGGAAAUAACUUAAUAUUAUACUUUUUUUUAUUUUUGCUUUAUUGCUAAAAAAUAAACAUCAGAAAUUAUGCUGCUGGGAGUAACUCACAAGUUGCAGCGACUCAAGUGUCAACUGUGUGAAAUAACUUUAUUUGGCCCUGACAUUGUGAAACCCAGGUCUAGCAGGGUAAAGAAAAGUUUUUGCGAGCAGUAUAUUUAUAUAUAUAUAUAUAUACGUAGGAACAGCAUCAAUAUGAUGAAAAGUGUCAUAAAAUCUCACCUCUGUGUUCCUUUUUUUAGACCAUUGUCUUUCCAGUCACAGUAGGGGUGUAUAGGUGCUGCUAUCAGGCUCAAUCCCUCCCAUGCACACGUUUCCUUCCCCCUGUGCCCCGUCCUUCAGGUGUACUUCUGUGCUGUCAGAUCACCAAGUGGCUGUUUGCAUGUUAUAAGCAAAGGAAACAGAUACUAUAUAGAUACUAUAUAUAUACAUAGAUAUGUUUUUCCCACGGGGAAAUGCGUAUUGGAAUACAUAUACCUGAUACACAUUCUCAAAGACAAUACACACACAUUGAACCCACACUCACCCACACAUAUUAUUGCGAACAGUAACUUGUGGAAAAACCUAAAAGAAUCACAUUUUUUAUCCUGUUGAAAAUGAAUUUAAUCUUCUAGAUAUACAUAAUGCUAUUGUGUUAUGUUAUGAAAUGCUUUUACCCCCCUGUUUUUACCCAUAUGAUUUUCAUAGAUGAGUAAAUCAACCCUUAAAGUUGUGUUAAGCUUUGAAAUGAUGAUCAAACAAACACUAUUGUGAAAUCAAAUCAUUUACUCACCCUCCAUAUCUAUCCCUCGCCCAGUAGAGAAAAAAUGAAAAAGAAGGAAAAAAAAAAACAAAAAAACAUCAAAACACAUAAAAUGGUAUUUAAAAAAAAAAAAAAAUAUGUCGAUGUAUUCUCUGCUUGUGUAUAGUGAAUGUUCCUCAGUCACUGGGUGUGGCAGUGAGUGGCACAUACCAGUAGACUGUGACAGUGCAGAUCUGUUAAUAACUUUUUUUGUACACCUGCUUCAUCAUUGUAAAGGUGAUAAUAGUGAUUCUUAUGAUUUCAUCAAUCUGGUAAUGUGUUUUGUUAAUAAGUCACAAAUAAAGUUUUUCUUAAAUAUCUUAA